AUGGGCAAGAAAAAUUGGGAGAGAAAUUCAAAAUUUCCAGAGACAACUAAAUCAGAAGCUCCCAAAACAAGAUCAGUCUUCUCGAAUGAGAGGACUCAAAACCACGAGCUUGAAAGCAAGAAGGAGUCAAAACCCAGUAAGACUAGAGGUUCUAGCCAAACACAUCUUUCUGCAAAGAAGAACUCAAUAGAUGAGGAGGGUAAUGCAAGGAGAGAUUCAUUGAGGAAGACGCGAAAUAGCGCCAGCAGCAGCAAAAGCACGUCUGAGCCUGACCCUGGGUUAACGGACGGUGCGAACAAAGAAGAACUGACGGAAGUGAUAACAGAAGUAGUGUAUCUGUCUCCGCACGAUGAAGAAUCAGACAAGGACUUCGAGUUUCUGAUUGAAGAUGAUCAGAAGGAAUCAGGAUCUCGCACAAAGUACCCGCCAUGGCCCUACUUUGUGAACUGUAGAGUUGAAGCCCUGUAUGAUGAUGGGAUUUGGUAUCAGGGAAUACUCAAAGAUGGACCCAAAGGCACUGGCAGCCACGAGGAGAAGCUCUUUCAGAUUAUCUUCGAUGACGGUGAAGAAAUUUGGACGGAGCUUCCAGCUGAUGAUAUUAGAAUGGUGGAGGCUGUUCCAAAGAAAGGGCUCAAAGUGUUUGUGUAUCUUGAUGCAAGUAGGUCCUCCAAGAAGUCGGCCAUCCUUUAUCAGAGCCAUGACAACUUGCAUGUCAAGGUUGGAGGAAAGAGCUGCUCGCUCACAUCCUUUUGUGCUAUGGAUGAUGCAUCGCAACCUCAACCGCAUCCUUAUGAUGCUGUCUGGGUGGCACAAUCCCCUGAGCUGUCGCUGCUUCAAUACUUCCAAAAAGCCUUCGGUGGGGAAUGCGAGGCUGUGCAAGGAGAACAAAGUAUUCCGGAUUCUUCUGCUCAACCAAAGCUGAUUCCUGGUCAAGAAGCUCCAAUGUCAAAACGGAGCCUCUUGCCGAAAGAUUGGAAAGUAUUGGUCAAGGAUGAUAAUAGCCAUUACAACUACAUCGCUCCAGACGGAACAAUCUUUUCGAACCUGCGCAGUGCUUUGACGUAUGCUGGUAAGCAUGAAGCAGAUGAAAUCUCAGCAUCGGAGCCUCGAAUGAAGAGCAGUGCAGAAGAGCAGACUGAAAGUAUUUCCAACUCUCAAUCGUUGAACAGUAAGGAAGCCAAAAGAGACCAGAAUCAAAGGGAUACGAGUGAGCACGAAAAGAAUAUCAAGUUUGAGACUGAAGUGAAGAGAAAAGGCAAGGCCAAGAAUGUAGAUUCAAAAGAUUCAGACAAAUCUGCUCAAGAUGAUACAAGAGAUGAUAUGGAGGUUGUAACACGAUCUUUGCGAAAGAGAACAAAAGGAACACCUUCCAACGAAUCUUCUUCCAAGAAUGUACUUGAAGUACAAUCAGCUCCUGCAACCCAGUCCUUCCAAGCCACCAGUUCUGAAAAUGCUGUCCAGUCAGAAGAGACAGUCAGACCUCAAGAAGAUAGACCUGCUUCAGACGCCAUACCCCAGACGAAGGUGAUUCUGUUCGAAGAAGACGUGGAUGUCGAAGAGAUGGACAAGUCGUCGGCAGCAGACGGGAAGGAUUCUGAGCACCAGUCGGAUCUAGAAGACGAAAGCGAAUUUGAAGGAGUCAUUGAAGAAAUAGAAGCUGAAGAUGAUGCUGGCCAAGGUCAGGAAGGAAGUUUCAUCGAAGAGGUGGAAGUAGACGAGAGCUCUGAAACCUCGACCUUGGCCGUCGAGCAAGGAGCUUCUGAAGACACCCAAGAAAACGACAAGUCGGUAGAAGACGAUUCUGUUACCAAGGGUACGGCUGCCAACCAGCGGCAGUUCAAUGUCGGAGAUUUUGUCUCUGUAGAAGAUUGCACAAAGAGAUGGUGUACGUGCGAAAUUUUGAAGAAAAUUGACGGGAAGGUGAAAGUACAUUACAUCAAUUGGAGUAGCGACUGGGAUGAAUGGAUUGACGUGACGUCAGACAGGAUACAGGAAAGCGAUGUGAUUAUCGACAAUGGAAAGAGAAAGUCUUCCAAAAUAUCCAAAGAAUCUGCUGCCAUAAAAAAGCCAAAGCCAAAAACAAUCAAACCUAGGAUAGACAGGAUUCCCAACUUUGAAGAGAAACAGUCAUGGGUAUGUUCAGUAGACAUGAAGAAGGGAUUUGCCAACGGGAACAGAUACAUCGGAGAACAGGUUCGCAUCCGAGACAGGACACAUGGUCUUUUGCGUGGUGCAAUCGAUGACUUUGACGAGCGAGGGUUUCACGUGGCUAUCGAGGGUGACAUGGAAAACCGCUGGAUUCGUUUGCCAGAUCCAGAUGUCGACUUUCUACAGAUAGUAGCAGCACGGCCCGAAGUAAACCAGUAUCCAAGGAGGACGAACCGCCUUUCCUUUGUAUGUACAGGCUGUGAGAAACAGUUUCAGACAAAGCAAGGUCUGCACUUCCAUAUUUCUCGCUCAGAAGAGUGCCAGAAUGUAUUUUAUAACCUGAACAUCCCACUUCCUCCUGGAAUCGCAUGGAAAAUUUCCAAGAAGAACAACCAAAAGAGCAGAACCAGCACCAGUCUUGCAUCGGCAUCAUCAGGACCUUUGCACUCAAAACCCAGUGAGUUGCACAAAAGCGCCUUCAAGCAAAAGAAGAGGAAAAGUGACCUGGAGAUUUCGGACAUUGAGAAACGACAAAAGGUUUUGUCAAGUGAAUCAUUCGCAUUCGUCUCAAGUCCUCAGAUCAAAGACAACUCUUCAUCCAGGGCGAGUAACGGACGGUCCAUCGCUUCUUUGGUCAUAGCAGAAGUUCUCAGAAGGAGGGCCACAGGCUCAAACAAAGCUCCAAAAGCAGUAUCUUCAGCUGUUUCAUCGACAAACAAGCCUGAGCCACGAGAACCUGCUAGGAAAGCCUGUGUGCUAGAGCCCCUGAGGGGCUCUCAAGCUAGGCAAGCCAUCGCUCAAUUCUUGGAGAAGAACAACUAUUUCGGGAUGGCAGAUUUGAAGGUUUUCAUAUAUUGUGCUUGCUUGGCUGAGUAUGAAGAUUUGGUUUACAGCAGGUUCUCAGUCAAAAGUUUAGAUUUCAGAAAAUUGCGUUCUCUUAAAGAAAAACCAUUGAAGGCACUUGGAACGUUUGCCGUGCUCGAAAGAAUCGAAUCAGUGGAGUGA